GCAGCAGGCAGAAACAAGGACAGCUUCUUGUUUAAUCGGGGUCCUUCAGGGGUCCUUUGAAUGCAUGUGGCGCGGGAUAUGGUAACCAGAGGAGAAUAGUGACAGCAGCAGCAGAGCAGAAGAGAUUACUAUUAUCUCCGUCUGGCUCUCUGUUCAUACAAACAACAUGUUCUCUGCAGAGCAAAGUAGUUGGUUUGUCCGCAAGGUGAUUUGCUGGAGAGCUGUGGCCAGUAUUGCUUGGGCUGUCCUGUUGCUGCCACCCAUCACAGCAGUUUUUGUAACCCUCAGCAGGUUCAGUCUCCUCCACCCCAUCCAGACGAUAUCAGAAUGCCUGUCCUUCUUAACGAGUGCAAGUGCCAUCUUCUCCUUCAUCCUGCUGUGUGGAGUGAUCAUCAUGGUGGGGUUCCUGAACCUGGAGUAUUAUACAGUCAUCCCAACUAUUGCAUGCUCAAAAAUUGCCCUGUUGGGUCAGCUGCUCCAUCCACGUCAGUUUGUCAACUCCCUGGCCCACUGCAUCAUGGGAAUAAUCGUAGCUUGGUGUUGUGCCGUCACUAUUGGGGGCAGAUAUGAGACAAUCGGCUACCCUUGCAUACAGGGUGAUGGCACUGAAAGUUCCACUCGGAUGUGUCUGAACGAGUAUCACCUCUUCCUUCUGCUGGCUGGAGCCUUUGUUGGAUUCUCUCACAGUCUGCUGGGUGUGAUCUACAACAUGAAUUAUGUCUCCUUUCACACUGUUCAGCGAUACAAAUACCUUCGCUUUAAGGGAUCCCUUCCUUUGGUGGUGAAGUGCAGCGCCUCUCAAGCCCUUUACUCUGUCAGGAACUACAUUGUUGUGUAUUUCUUUUUGGGAUACAUUCCAAAAGCAUGGAUUUGUAAAACACUGAAUCUUCAUUUGAACAGCUCUAUCCACCCUCUUGACAGCAUAGCUGGACUGCUGGACCUCUCCCUGCUCUACCACCUGUGGAUCAGUGCCAGCUUCCUCCUCUUCACAUGGCAUAUCACUCUGCUGCUCUUCAGGAUUUUUGUCACUGAGGUGUACAGUUUUCCUGUGCAGUCAUCUUUUACUGAGGACACCCACCAGUGUCUUCCUAAAGUCCUUACCGACAAGCAGCCAAUGAUAGUGAAGUUUCUAGCUCUGCAGGACUUGGCUCUGCUUUCUCAACACUCCCCAUCAAGACGCUGUGAGGUCUUCAGUCUGAGUCAGCCAGGUGGCCAUGCUCAUAACUGGAACGCCAUCAGUAAGGAGUGUCUGUCUCUACUGGCUGAUCUGACUCAGAGACUCAUCGCCUAUCAUGACACCGUAGCAACCAACGGCAGGGCCAAGUCACUGUCUACUGGGAGUGAAAGGAAGACUUCAUCUGAGUCAUCAGUAACUUCUGGUACAGAAGAUCUGAUGAGCCCGAGGCCCACUCUACUGAUGAAAACUCCAGCCUCGGUCUUCGCACGCUCUAUUGUUGGCGGCCCACACAGCCCUCUGACGGCACCGUUCACUCCUGACCUGGACAGCCCUUUUGCUUCUCCCGCCCUGCGGCGUCUUACUGCUCCCGUGGACCAAUGCUCGCCGUGGUUCGGCACAGUGCAGAGCCCGCACAUCAUGAGGAGAGUCCCGAAACUCUGGUCCACCUCCACAGAUUCACAGGCCAACGGCAGUCCCCCGUCAUCCCCCGCCUCAGUUCCCAGUCCCAAGCAGGAACCGUCCAAACCAAGUCGCCUGGCUCAGUUCCUCCAGAACAGAAGAGAACAGGUUAAAAAUUUCUUGGCAAAGCGCGUGCUGAUAAUGUAUUUGUUUAACAAGGUUCCAGAGGCCUCCAGUCAAGCUCUGUUUGCAGACGGCCAGGCUCACAUCUGGGCUUUAGAAGGGCUGUCUUACCUUGUUCAAGCCUCCUUCUCAGAAGACCAGUUUGGGGUUGUACAGACUACAUUACCCAGCAUUCUCGGUUGCAUGCUGGUCUUACAAGAGGCAGUAGAUCGCCACUUCAAGCUGCCUCAUGCCUCCAGUAAGCCCGUCAGGUCGGCCAGCAGCCUGGGAGACUCUACUCACAAAACCCUGCGCUUUGCUCUCAGGGCCACUCUCAAGACUGCCAUCUACAGGAUAACAACCACUUUUGGAAAUCACUUAAAUGCUGUUCAGAUGUCUGCAGAGCACCGGAAAAGAUUGCAGCAGUUUCUGGAGUACAAGGAAUAACACACCUGACAUUGUGCCUUCAGAUUCUUAUCAGUGUGGUGUGUGUGAUGUGCGUGUGGGUGUGCGUGCGUACAUUAGUGAGGCAACAAGUGAAAGCCCAUGAUAGUGCCUCUUUUAAUAUUUAUGUCUGCACUAUGUCAUGGCAGAUUGUAUUUGAUAGGCUAGAUCAAAUCUCCUACAUGCAUGAGGCAGCGUGGGCUUCCUGCCCGGCUAUCACCUGCUGUGUUUGAGACAUUUCAUUUAGCUCACUGUAAAGAUCAAAUUAACUCAUUCCAAAGAUUUUCUUAAGGUUUUCUUAAUUGGGAUGAGUUGUAAAGGGCUGAUUGCGCUGCAUUUGUACUAAAUUAUCCACAAGUUUUUUUUGGUUUCAAACUUCAGCAGCUGUCUUUCCUUGUGGUUUCACAUUAUUUUGCAUUUGUUGCGAGGAGUGAGUGAGUGAGAUAGUAUGAUUAUGUCAGAGUGAUGAGAAAGAAGCUCUUUAGUUUCACAGGUGUCUGAAAUGUGUUCUGGAAUUUUUUUUUAGAUCUGGUUUUGUUCUAAACACCAGCCUGGAGAACGAGUUUACUGUCAGCUGUGCACAUCAGUUCAGGUUCUCUAACUAGAGAAUACACCGUAAUCAGAUUCACAGAUCGGACACGCCUGUUUGUACAUUUGUGUUUGUCAGUUUUGUUCAUGUGAAAUAAGUCGAGUCAGAGAAAGGAUGGAGAGUUGGUGUGACUGGUAUCAGGUGUGAUUGUCACUGCCAACAAGUAUUGAGUUUAAAUUCCCACUCUGAGACCUGUUGAAUAAAAACAAUAUGUAACGAUCA